CUCUGUCGCUCGCUCGUAUUUUGCGGAGAUCCAUGGCUGAGUUGUUUCAGUGAAUGAGUGAGAAUAAAAGUUGGAGAAUUGUAUGCAAAUAUCUAUCGCUGGCGGAGGCAUUGAGCGGAUCCAUCCAGCUCCAGCUCCAGCUCCAGCUGCAGGUGCCAGAUGCCAGAUGCUGGAAAGAGUGAAUGCCUGGCUGACUGACUGACUGACAGACAGACAGAUGGACAGAUGGACAGAUGGAGUGACUGACGGAAUGGCGGCUCCUUGGCGAGUCCUGAGACCGAGGCAAAAGUUAUGAAAGUUUUUUGAUGAUAAAUGGAGCUCCCCCCCUCCCCCAUAACAAUUUUAUAGUUUUGUUUAUAACAAAACAAUAAAAUACAACAAUAGAAAGGCAAAGGAAAAGGAAAAUGUAUGCCUCAGCAGGAAGCAGCAUCCGAUGGGGUGACCUACUCCUCCGGCACCCUCUCCUUGGUCUCUUUCAAUUGGAAUUUACUUAAUUUACCAGCGAUUUUGGCUCAAGGAAAUGCACGAAUUGACAAUGCAAAGGAAGAGCCCCUUCAUAAGACCCCGCAUGAUACAAGUGAAUAUUUUCUUCUUUCAAUUCAAAUUAAUGUCGUAUCAUAGCUGGAUAUCCAAGGAAGGGUCGGAGUCUCGAGUCAGGCGCCUGGAGGGGCCCCUCCAAAGGUCCCAUAGAAAUCUGACGAAACACAAAGAUAUGCCGUACGCCGAUCGUCGGGGACGAGCCUCUCUACCCCUUUGUAGGCACUUUUUGUACACUACAAUUUCCAGGCAUCACUGAAAACACGCUCAAACAACAAACGCUCACACAGAUACACACAUACAGAGCGAUAAACCAUGCCAAGGAGUGCGCGGGCGGAGCAGGAGCAGGAGCAGAGGUCCUCCAACCACUAUUCGGACCGGCCUGGACCAAAGCUAAAGAUCCCCGCCUCGGUGACGCAGGCGACCUGGCACCGGCACCGCAAGAGCUGCACCAGGCGGGCCUUGGCGGCGACCCUGGACCGCCUGCGGGUGAUGGAGAAGAAGGUGCGGCUGCAGACUGAGCGGCACGAACGACUGCUGAGCAGCCUCCAGGAGUGCGGGGGACAGGGGGCCACCGGCACAGGCACAGGCACCGCCCCCGCCACAGGCACUGCCACAGGCACUGCCACAGGCACUGCCACUGGCACUGGCAGUGUGGAGACGCUGAUCCGUGGCUCGGAGGAGGAGGAGGCGGACGAGCAGACGAGCGGCCAGGGCUGGCAGACGUUCAUGGACUCGGUGAGGUGCCGCCUGAACGUCAACCAGGUGGUGCGACAGGUGCGCAACGAUGCCGCCCUCACGCUGGACUUUGUGGUGCUGCUGGUGGCCGCCGCGCUGAUCUCGUGCGUGGGUCUGGUGGGGAACAGCUACCUGCUGCUGUCCAGCAGCAUGCUCAUCUCGCCGCUGAUGGGGCCGAUCAUUGCCGGCACCUUCGGGUCGGUGAUCGGCGACCGGGGCCUCUGGUGGCUGGGCUUCAAGAACGAGCUGAUCGGCAUCGCCGUCUCGGCGGGAAUCGGGUUCAUCUUCGGCGUGCUCGUGUUCCGCUUGGGCCCCUUCUUCGCCAUCGGCUCGGGCCUCACCGAGGAGAUCGUCUCGCGCUGCACCAUCCAUGCCCUGGCCAUUGGCAUCAUGACGGCCCUGGUCUCGGGCGCCGCGGGAGCCAUCGCCGUUUUGGGCGGCAACACGGGCUCCCUGGCGGGCGUCGCCAUCUCGGCCUCCCUGCUGCCGCCGGCGGUGAACGCGGGCCUGCUGUUCGCCCUGGCCCUGGGCGCUCGGGUCCUGCACCGCGACCACGAGCUCAUCCAGAGCCUCGGCAAGCACCACGAGUACUCGAACAACCUGGAGACCGAGCUGCUGGUCUGCGCUCUGGUCAGCAUGGCCCUGGCCCUCGUGAAUGUCGUCUGCAUUUGGGUGACGGGCGUGAUCGUGCUGCUCAUCAAGGAGGUGACGCCGGCGGUGCAGCGGAACCAGCAGUUCUGGCGCCACGACAUCCGUACCGCCCGCCGGGCGGCGCACCGGGAUCCGGCCCUCCAGGAGGCCAUCAAUCGGUGGGACGAGCGGAGCCAGAGCCAGCUGGACUUCGGUGCGGACAUCGACCUGGAGGCGCCGCAGUACCAGAACACCUGGUCGCCCGGCAUGGACCGAAUGCCCAUCAGGGAGCAUCUGCAGAGCAACUACCACACGGUCCACGGCUUCCAGGAGCUCUGCUUCACCCUGCAGAAGCUCAAGCAGAACCAGACCCUGGGCGGCCAGAGGGGGACCUCUACGGGGCCCACUGUAAUGGAGCUGUUCGCCAGCAUCAAGCAGGACAAGAGGGAGAAAGAAGUCAGCAAGGCAAAGGCCUCCUGCUCCGAGACAGCCCUGACCGGCAGGAGCGGUACCAGCCGUGGGCAUGGGGCCUCGAUCUGCCCUCCAGACCGUCCGCUGCGCCUGCUGCCCAUCGGCAGGGCACCCAUCGAGAAGGAGGAGGACGAAUCGGAAGCUUAGCUCUGGUUGGCUCUGGUUGGCUCUGGAAAUUGCAGCUAAACAUGGGACGGGAGCCGAGUCCUGCAAAGCAACUUCUUUCUGUCGCGUUUUCUUGUUCGAAAUGCUCCCUCUAAAGGCCAUCUUCCAUGUGAAAGUUGAA